AUGGCCAAACUCAGUGCUGAUGAUUUGUUUUGCAUGAUAUCAUUCCUGACUCCACAGCAAAUACUCUCCUCAUGCUGUCUUGUCAAUCGAUUAUGGUAUUCCGUUUCAUCAUGCAAUGCUGUUUGGAAAACAAUGUGCGAGAAUUUGUUCAUGAUGGAUUUGUGUGGAUGGGAACUGUUAUUUCGUGAUAUUUAUUCACCCGAGUGUGAUCGUUAUUAUUUGAAUAUAUUUCAGGAUUUAAUGAGGAGCAUUCCGAUUUAUAAAGAAUAUAUUCCAGUACUAUCAGAGGCUGAAGAAGAUUUAGUGGAAGUUGCGAUCUAUAAAAUUGCUGAAGAUUUACGUGUGGACGGAAAUACCAGUGAUGUUGAUGAUGAUCAUGAUCCAAACAGAGAAAAGCAGUUUUUAGUUGCAAAAUUAGCGACCAUUCUCACGAUUUUGAGUAACAGUGAAUAUGCACCCAAUCCAUGGACAGACAAAAUACUUGUUUGUCACAGUAACUCAAAGUAUGAAAUAUUGAGUGCUCGUGUGAUUUCAUUGGCUGUAUUUUGCUCUUGUCUUUUGCGUAACAGGUUAGAUAUUUUACACAUGGUAACAGGUACUGAACAUGACGAACCUUAUUUGGCAGUUUCACCUUUUAUUCAAUGCCAUCCAUUUCACAAAGCAUGUAGUGAAGAGUUCAAUACAGACAUCAGCGAAGAAUGUAACACUGAACAAGAUCAACAUGACCAGGAAUUAGACUUGUCACAAGUGAAACCGUUUUGUUAUUUUGAACAGAUGGACGAUCAUUCCUUCGUAGAGACCAGCGAAAAUGACGAAUAUUUCUGGAGUGAUACACAAAUUGAUUCUUGCACGAAUCGCUUCACAUGGGUUCCAAUCGUUUUCAACGCUGGAGCAGCUCACUAUGAAUAUACAUUUAAGGCAGUUUUUCAUCAUCACAAAAAGGAAUUGCACGUGAAAAAGUAUUACAAUUUGAGCUAUUAA